AUGUUCUCCCCACGAGCGAUUUUCCGUUUCAUAUACGGUAGUUUCUACUUCGUCCUCUGCUUCCUCCUCACCAUCCUCCUUCUCGUCACCCCCGGCGACACCAUCUACCAGGCCUUCUCGAACAACCAGCCAUAUAACAUAUGGAUCAUUGCCGCUGCUCUGGUCCUGACCCUCCUCAUCGUCUCCUUCAUCUACGCGACGCGACUGUAUCUCAACAAGACGAUCCUCGCAUCCAUCCCGAAGCCAUGGGUCCCCAUCGAGAAGGGCGACGUGAACAAGAAGGUCUACGAGAUGAUCACGGCCGAUCUCAAGCGCAGCGCCGCCAUUGCUUACGACGCGCGACCACGGAUCGAGACGAAUUUAUCAGGCAGCGACAUGGAAGAAGUGCUGGUGGAGAAGCAGAACUCCGGAAGCAGCGCGGCUAGGAAGCGAUUCCAGCUCCCGACCUUGAAAAAGCCAGCAACAACAGAAAAGGAAACGGGCAUUGCGCUACCACCACGACGACCUGUCUGGGGCGAAAUCGAACACUACGGGUGGUCAUCCCCAAACUCGAUCGACUUACCGGAUCUGCAGUAUAGCACCGUCCUCUCCGAACUACCGAACCUUAUCGAAGCCAAAGCUCUGACACUGGCGCCUCCCGACCCUUCCUCUCCUGCACAACCACCGCUCCUCGAUGCCGAUGCUGUGGCUUUGCUGCAGCGGCCUCUGCCCAUGAGUCUGCGCGACUACCUUAGCUACCUGGCUGAACUGGGUGUCAUCUCGCUUAAUUCGACGACUGCGGACUUCCUAUCCACAUACGAAUAUGCACGCUUCUCCACGCGGCUGAUAUCGAACGCCCAGUUCCGCGAGCUGAUGCAUCUGUUUGCUGCGAUACUACGCGGCAUGCGACCUUUCGAUCCCGCCGUUCUGGGAUCUAUGGACGGGCCCGGCGAGGAUUCUGACAGCGACAUCGACAACGAUGCACCAAUGGUGACCAACCCUACCACGCCACGCAGCUUGUCCCGGUCAGCAACGCAAAGCACGCAGGGCUCUUACAAUAGGAGAGAGCCGACGGCGAAUGCGCGCAACUCCUCGGCCAAUACAUGGGCUCAGUAUCGCACGGCGCCCGCCACUCCGCUGGGUACAUUAGCCGGAGCAAUAUCUAGAUCUUCGAGCCUAAACAGCUUCGCCCAGACCCGGCUGGCAUACGGUCCCGGUCACUCUUCGUCAAACGCCAGUCUGAGAUCGGGGGUGUCGGGAAGUUCUACCUCAGGCUCCGUCAUCCGCCUGGCGACGCGGACAGACUCGACAGACUUGCCUUACAUCCUCUCAUUGCGGGAAACCAGAACCCGGUGA